AUGGCAAAUCCAUGCCUUCUUAUCGCACUCGCCGUCGUCGCAAUACUAGUUAUAGUAACCGUCGUAACUGUACCAACAGUUGUCAUACUAACGCGUACAACACAACUGCCCACCAGUGCAAAACAUAUACGGGUUAACAUGACUAUUUUAACAACCGGUUCCACCACCACGACCUCCACCACGAGUCCACGGGGCAACGCAACGCUGAAUGGUACAACGACGUCAACCACCACUACUACGUCCACCAUCACAACCACCACCGGUCCCUGGAGCAAUGCAACGCUGAAUGCCACAACGACGUCAACCACCAGUACUACAUCGGCCACCAUCACAACUACCACGUAUCCCGGGGGCAACGGACCGUUGAAUGGUUCAACGACUUCGGCCACGACUACUACGUCCACCAUCACAACUACCACGUAUCCCGGAGGCAACGGAGCGAUGAAUGGUACAACGACUUUAGCCACGAGUACUAUGUCGACCACCACAACUACCACGUAUCCCGGAGGCAACGGAACGGUGAAUAGUACAACUACGGUAUCUACUUCAAGUACCAGCGGGACUACAUCGAGCACGACAUUUUGA